GAUCCUGGCGGAACACUUUUCAAUUUCUCUUUCAUUUUUCUUUCUUUCUCUGUUCGUCGGCUUGCCAUAGAGGCAUGGCAGGACUCACAGCCCCGCUAAGCGUUCGCAGAUCAUUGGUGUCGUCAUGCCCAAGAAAGGGAACCGAAAACGGCUGAAGUUUAAGACUGGGGACGUCUGUUCCGAAUCAGUGACGGUAGCUGAUUAUGCUGAUGCCGACCCAGCUGUUGUGAAGUCGGGGAGGGUGAAGAAGGCUGUCGUGAAUGCAGUUGCUCAAGAAGUGAAAUCCCUCUGUGGCCUGGAGGCGUCUCAGGGGGCUGUGGAGGAAGUCCUCUCGUCUGCUGUGAGUGUCAACACAGACGCUUCGGACGGCAGUGAAGACCUGGACCCCGAAGAAGAUGGAGAGCAUGAGACAAAGGUGGCCCACAAGAAGAAAAACAAGAGAAGAAAGGAGAGCAGUGAGAGCAGCGAUGGGGGGGAAUAUCCAAUGGAUAUUUGGCUAAUGCUCUCCGCCUAUAUUCGGCCUGAGGAUGUGUGCAGAUUUGCGCUGAUCUGUAGAAAUGCCUGGACAGUUACUUGCACCGCAGCUUUUUGGACAAGGCUUUAUAGAAGACACUAUAGGAUUGAUGUUGAUCUGCCGUUUCGUCUCCAGCCUUACUCCAUUGAUAUAUUGAAUCGUCUAAGGGCCCGCGUCAUUCGCUCCCUUUUCCAUUUGUACGAGCCAUUCAGCUUGCGUGUCUCGAAAAUUCCUGCCCUGCCCGAAUCCACCCCCACAACUUUGUUCAACUCCAGGUGUUUACUCUUCUGGGUCAAAAGGGUGUCAGGGACUCGACCAGAUGUAUUGUGGGAGUUCAACUUCAAGUUUUUAAAGCAGCGGGGACACAGUAAAAAUGGUUGUGCCAAGUCCAUGAGCUUGCCCAGACAAUACGAACAUGUCCACACAAACCCAGACACUGACUGCUAUGUGCUUCAGGUCACCACACUCAACUUCAUCUUCACCCCUGUGGUCAUGGGCAUGACCCUAACCUUGUUCACAAUCAACGUCAGCACAGACAUGCGGCACCAUCGUGUCCGUCUGGUGUUCCAGGACUCGCCACUCCACCGUGGGAAGAAGAGGGUUGAUCACUGCGGGACCCAGGUGGUGUUGGAUCCCGUCCACAGUGUGAGGCUAAUGGACUGGUGGCAUCCACAGUACCCCUACAUAUCCUCCAUAUAGGAUAUCUGCUCUCUCAGUUCCUUCUGCAGCAUUAUUCCUCCUCAGUAACUCUAAGAGUUUCACUGUUAGUUUCAUACCUCUCACCAAAAUAAGAAAUGCUAUUUGUCAUCGUUAGAUGUUAAAGGCCGGCGCAUGCUUCCACGUUUUCACGGGCCCGGAAGCGUAAAGGCCGACGCAUGCUUCUGCGUUUUCACGGGCCUGGAAGCGUAAGAGCCCUUCCGGGCCCCUUAAGUACUUACAUAUCCCUGCUUACGUGUGUCGCACAAUUUUUCUAACUAGACGGCAAAGCUCCGCAAGCGUCACGUAGCCGGCAAGGCUGUGAUUGGUCUGCUAACUACAUCGUUUCCGGAGUCGCAUUACCGGUUCAUGCCCGAUAAUACCUGCGGAAACCACGGAAGAUUUAGAAGAACUUGGCAGAAGAGAUCCGAAACUAUGACCACUAGUAUAACCCGUCACUGACCGGCGGAUUUGUCCGCCAGAAAAAGGCUAUGAGGAGCCGCCACGGCGAUGUAAAUAAACGUUUUUUUUGUGGAAGUCUCUUCGUGUGGCACGAAGAAGAGCCGACUUCCACAAAAAACAUUACUCCGCCUAGUGUUCUGGCGAGGAAUUGCUUGGCAACAUGCGCAACGCUUGGAAAACCAUGAAUGACAAUGAGUCCUGCGUCACAACUGCGUGAAAAGCCGCAGACUCCGUUGCAGAAGCAUGCGCCGGCCUUAAGUCAAACACUGACUGGCCUCAGUUGGGAUGCAUAUACCUCCUUCGAGUGUGGCCAUAAGACUUAAAGUUUUCACUGCAGAAUCAUCCAAUAUUAGCAUUAUUCCUUGGGCUGUUUUUGUUGUUUAUUUAUACAAAUCUGCCGAUGUCCACACAUCAGCAACCCGUCUUCUCUUCCAAAGUCUUUGUGUAUUGAUGGAGUAAUAGGGCUGGCUGUUAUGGAAAAGAAAUGAAUGUCAUAACCAGGAAAUCAUUUAUCUAAAUUGUCUUGGUAUCUGUUAAUAAAUGAAAAACCAGAUCAGAUUGUUGAGUUAAGCACAUUUCAAAGUCGCAGUGAAACUGAUUCAUGGGAACUCUACAGAUGGUUCUGGGAGAAAUUAAACUUGAAAUUAUUUUGCA